AUGGGUGGAACAAAGAAAAAGGCAACGGUACCUAUUAAGAAGGAAAGUAAAUACAAGAUUCCUUCUCAUUUUGAUUGUCCCUUUUGCGACGCAAAGAAAUCCAUUGCCGUGAGGUUGAAACGCAGCGAUGGCUUGGCGUCGGUGCACUGCCGUGUGUGUCGUGUUGGGGAAAAUAGGCAUUAUAACUUCUCACCGUUGGAAAAACCUGUGGACGUUUUUUUCCGCUUUCGUGAAGAAUUGAUGGAAAAGGAUCACGAACUUUUGCGGGCACACAACGUUGAAACGGGAGCUAUGGCCGCCCGCACUGGCCUUGCACAACUUGCGCCAAAAAAUAGACAACAGGCAACGCUUGAAGAGGACAUGGCCUCGGCGGAACCAAGCGAUUAUGACAACUUUUUAAGCACGGUAGAAAAUAUUAGCAGGUCCGCCCUCCUGGCAUCUGACAUCCAUGUCGAUAGUGAGUACGAUGAGCCGCUGUUUUGA